CCCGCCCUGCGGGAUCUGCGGCGCGGGCGGCGUUGGCUGUUGGCGUGGCUUGGGCGGUUGUCUUGGAGAAGCAAGAUGGCGGCGACUGCGGCCCCGGUGGUGGCGGAGGAGGACACGGAGCUGCGGGACCUGCUGGUGCAGACGCUGGAGAACAGCGGGGUGCUGAACCGCAUCAAGGCCGAACUCCGAGCAGCUGUGUUUUUAGCGCUAGAGGAGCAAGAAAAAAUAGAGAACAAAACUCCUUUAGUCAAUGAAAGCCUGAAGAAGUUUUUAAAUACAAAAGAUGGCCGGCUGGUGGCUAGUCUGGUGGCAGAAUUCCUUCAGUUCUUUAACCUCGACUUCACUUUGGCCGUGUUUCAACCUGAAACUAGCACAUUUCAAGGCCUGGAAGGGCGAGAGAAUUUGGCUCGGGACUUGGGCAUCGCUGAGGCCGAAGGUGCUGUGGGGGCGCCCCUGUUGCUGGAAGUGAUCAGACGCUGCCAGCAGAAGGGCAGCGGCGGGGCCGCGGGGCAGGGGACACUAGAUCCGGCUGCUGCGCACUCGCCACCAAAGUCGCCGGACGGCAGCGCCAGCGCACAUGCGGGCCCCAGCAAGAUCCCAAGGUAUAGAGGCCAAGGUAAGAAGAAGCCCAGCGGGCAGGAGUCGGCUGCCAAGAAGGCCAGCAGCGAAGCCAGUCCGAGCGAGACCAGCACCUCCUUGUCAGAACCAAAAGGCAAAAGCAGCCUUCAGCUCCCGGCCCCGGAACCCAAAACGGGGUCCUUCUUGAACAGCAAAAGCCUCGGCGGCGGAGACGAGGCCGGGCUGGGCCCACAGGACGACGACACGGACGGGGACUCGUUCUUCGAUGACCCCGCCCCGAGGCCCGAGGAGGCCUGCGGUUGGAGAAGCGCCCCCGGGGAGCGCGGGGGAAGCCUGGCCUCGCUCUCGGACGCGCCCCCCUUGCAGAGCGGACGCAGCGCCCUUGCCGCCGCCGCCGCCGCCGCCGGAGCCCCGUCCUGGAAAGACGCAGAAAGUAAGAGAGAGAACACAGUUUUGAGAGACCUGAAGUUGGCCAAUGACAAGCUCGGCUCCCUUGGACUAGGUGCUGGAGAGGGUGACGACUACGUUGAUGAUUUUAACAGCACCAGCCACCGCUCGGAGAAGAGUGAGCUGAGCAUCGGCGAGGAGAUCGAGGAGGACCUGUCCGUGGGGCUGGACGACGCCAACACCAGUGACAAGCUCGACGACCGGACGCAGGACCUGACAGUGUCGCAGCUCAGCGACGUGGCCGACUACCUGGAGGAUGUGGCCUGCGCCUGAGACGGGGCUGCGGCGCCGUCCGGCGGGCCUGGACCCUGGGCGGCCCCGGGUCUUCCCGGGCCGUCGCUCCUGCUGGAACGCCUGCUCUCCGCUGGUGCCUUGUGUUUCAGAAAGACGGCAGAUAUUUUUGAAAGUUAACUUUGCAUCGCACUAAACAAGAUACUUCCGGUUGAGCCCCCGUGUGGAGGAGUGAGUCGUCAUAACUGGGUUUACCGUCACGUUUCGCUGUGGAAGCUGAUUACGCGCCAGCUCACGGCAGGGGGCGACCCCCCGGGCACCGUGGGGUUGGAGCCCAGUGCACAGCGUCGGCACAGCCACAGGUCCCCACCCGCCGCACGCGUGUGUGUGCGGCCACGGCCACCCGGUGUGCCGCUGCGGAUCACGGAGGGCCCGGGCGGGCCGGGCGGCGUGGCAUGUGCGCUUCCCCCGCGAGGGGCCAUCGGACCUUUCAGGCGACCCGAACACGCCCUGGGGCGUGCUGCUCGGCCCGGCUUGUUUGCAAAGCGUCCUAGAGGUGGCUGUGAUGUCUCGUCCUGCUGUGGCGUGGUGGUGGCCAGUGACUGCCCUGUGUCCCGGGAGCAGCUUUAGUCCCAGGGCCUCUGUCCGCGGGGGCGCUAGUCACUGUUUGUGGCGAUGUCUUGAGACCUCGCGCACCAAGCUGCCC